AUGGACCAAUUUGAUCUCCCGGUGCUGCAGAUCGGCACGCUCUUAUGCAUCUUGUGCAUCCUCUUAUGGAGCCUUUGCGUUUACAAGGAGUUCCGUCGCAUCUCCUUGGCCCUGGCCGGUGCCGUUCAGAUUCCACGGGGGCGCUACACGCAGUUCCGAGAGGGCCAGUUCUUUGUGAUUUCUUGGGGCCGCUUGAGCCUUUUGCUCUUCACCUACUUCACCCGCAUUGUGGUAGCAUCCGUCUUGCUGGUGGCUGGUAUUUUUUGGCUAGCGCGCACCGUGUCAACUACGGAAUUGAUGCUCAAUGCCGUAGCACUCAAUGCGAUUUUGGAUGUGGAUGAGUUCCUUUUUUCGGGGUUGACCCCCAUGAAGUUCCAACAUGCAAUUCAAAGCCUGGCCCCAAUGACACUGACCUAUAGCAAACGGCGCAGCCAGUGGGAGUCCAGCGUUCAGUGUUUCAUGCUCUUCGUGACCAUGUGGUUGCCGUAUGCCGGGCUCUUGAGGCCACUCUCUGUGACCAUGCUCGAAGUGAAGGAAGAACUUUGUGGUGGGAACCAGACCUUCGUGGUGUCUCAUAGCGCUGAAAGCCAGAUCACCUUUGGCUUGGUCACUGCCAGCGGUCGCGGGAACUUCGAACAGUUGACGGUGAGCGAGAUGGCUGUCCGGGAACACAAGUUUCGAAGUCCAGGGGAGACUCCCGAGGCUGUGUACAUCUCCUUCACCUCGGACGAAGAUCUCUUUGGCUUCGACAUUGCUCGUUCGAUGACGGAGACAGCGGCCUUGUAUCCCAUUUGCCUCGAGACCGACGUUCUUGCCAUGGGUGGCUCGCUAAGUAAUGACUCAGGGAUUGGUGGCGGCGCGCGGCUCCUGCUGCGCCAAGCGGCCGCAGUCUUCGGCAUUGCGGAUGCCGACAAUUGCACGGAACUUCGGGAGUACUGUGACGACAGUCAUGGCCGUCUUCUUCGAUACGCCUGUGGGAGCACGUGCAGAUGCACCGAUCCGCUGGCUUCGCCGUGGUAUCGGGUGCCGCACCAGGGCUGUGGCCUUCCUUGCUUGGCGCUUGCCGCCAGCGAGCAGAGGGGCUGUACGGAUGUGUCGCCCCAGGAGGCCGCUUGGGCGAAGUUUUGGGACGAUUAUCCUGGUGUGAUCUCGAUGCACUUUGGCACCGACAUCCAAUCCUCGGCCGCCUUUCCGGCGGUGAACCAGACCAUCCAAGCAAUGAAGACCUUCGGCUGCUCCUUCCUGAGACAAGCGCCCCUGGACUUCUUUACAACUGCCUCCUGGUGCACCGGAAACAGCGACCUCUUCAGCCCUGUUGCUCAACUUUGCCCUGAAUCUUGUGGCUGCAAGUCUUCCUUCGAUGCCAGCUUUUGCCCAAGUGCUUGUGCGGGCAACAGCACUGGAAUGCGGUGA